UGGAAAUGUGUGGAGACGCGUGGACAAUAGCCCUAGCCGUAGCUCUGGAAGCCCGUUUGGGAAACGGCCUGAGUAAACUGUAAUCAUAAGUAGUAGACCGCUCAGUUCACGAGAAGGUUCGUGCACUCUUGUCUAAUCUGUGCACCCAUACACGAACUUUAAGGAAUGCAGUAAGCGUACUAUGCCUUAAUUGAUUCUGCCAACGGAUUUGAAUAGUUUGAGGACAGCAUUGCCACGUCUGCAGUGUGCGAAAUGGCUAAACUGAGACGUCAACUUGUGCCCGUUACGGGUAUUGUUCUUCUAGGAGUGGACAUUCUUCUGAGACUUCAGAUGAUGGAUUUGAUAAUAAUUAGACCUCCAAAGCCUCUUGCUGUGGCAAAGAACACUGGCUUUUCCGCCAAUAGAAAAAGUUCACGAGUUUUUCCACAGGCGGCAGCAGACACCAAGUCUGCAGGAAUGGAUGAUUUGAAGCCGGCCAUUGGAGAGUCGCAUAGUUACAAGAUCCAGGUGUACGACGACAAAAAUCACUUCUUAAAGAAAGUUGGAACCUUCAAGCGCAUCCUGCAGCAGUCAAAGGGAGGCCCAAAGCCACGAGGUGACAUCCAGUGCGGCAAUAACUACACAAUUGAGAUAACUCUCGCCGACGAGACAAAUAAAUUUGCAGGAAUGGAUGCUGUCCUCUUCCACUUUUAUAUGCCUUUAGUUCCACGACAGGUACCCCCACCAGACAUGAACCCAGAGCAGGCUUGGGUCUUUUGCUCAUGGGAACCACCACUUAGAACUGCCAAACCGAUCGGUCGCUAUCCAAAACUGACGGGCUUAGCAGCCAACGCUGAGUGGACUUACCAUCGAGCAUCCGAUAUCACGACACCCUUCGGGUUCUACCAAUCUGGGAUACCCAUGAUAAACAGGACAAAGACGGCGGAUGAAUGGCUACAAGGAAAGACAAAGUUGGCCAUCUGGAUGGGAAGUAAUUGUAGAAACACAGGCUGGCCGAGAUUAAACUUUGUCCGGAAGCUGCAGAGCUAUAUGCCAAUUGACAUUUACGGACGCUGCGGUAACCUCACGUGCUUACCCUUGGACAGAAUGUCGUCCAAAUGCACCGUGGACCUGGUGCAAAAGUACAAAUUCUAUCUGGCCUUGGAGAACUCUGAAUGCGAGGACUACAUCACGGAAAAGGUUUGGGACAAAGCCUUGACGCGAGGGGUUGUCCCUGUCGUUUACGGUGCUAGAAAGAAGGACUACGAAGAGUUGCUUCCUCCCAAUUCAUUCAUCUACAUCGGGGAUUAUGAGAAUGUCAAAGAAUUGGCAGAUUACUUGAAAAUAUUGGACACUCGACCCGAUUUGUAUGCCAAGUACUUCGAAUGGCAAAUCAGCGGGACUGCCAAUACAACUGAAAUAUUUUACGGGAUUUUCGACCUUACAAGGUUUUGUCAUCUUGUACCAAUCAUUGAGAAAGUUCGAAGAGGCGAGUUAAACCGAACGCAAGUUAUUUCGCGCAAUUAUGUUCAAACGUGCCGAAAAGGAUCGUCCUAUGGAGUAGGAAACUGGGAUCCAUGGUAACAAAUAUUUAAAAUGAAUACCUAAAAUUUAAUGAGGCCUAAUAAGCAAGGCUCCUCGAUUCCAUAUUAUUGCGAAGAAUACAAUUAAACAGUUGAGCCUCAAAACGUGGGGGUUAGGCAGGAGAGUAUUGUCUCUUUUCAGCGCAGUCGUAUGCAAAAGUACCAUCAACUUUACACGCUUUGUUGGUAAUGGCGUCCUUCCAUUGUUUUCCUCUAAAUUAAAGCUUGCCAGACAGCAUAACUUCACAGGGACCUUUGUCCAAUAACAAUCUUCAUUUCGUUAGUUAUAUUUUGAAUAAAAUAAUGCAAAUGAUGGACGGUACCUUUAAGCUCUGAGUGGGUUUUCGGCUCAGCAGAUUUUUUUUUCUUGUUUUUAUUGUAUGGGUUUGCAGUUUGCACGGAGGGGGUGAAUUGUUGCAUGAGCAUACCAACCUGUUUAUAUUUCUUAGUCCUUUACCAUUCAUUCUGUUGUUACAUACAUGUAUCCUCAUACAAAAAGGUUAAGCACCGACGAAGUUCAAUGGUACAUGUUGGGCUGCAAUACAAUUCCUUCAAUCGUUUCUGUCUCACGCUGCUUGCUUCAACGCGCAGUCCUGCAACAAGGACCUUUUGCACUGAAAAAAAAAUGCUGGAGUUAGAUUCAACCCAAUCGAUGGUGAAAACUACAACUACCCAAUAGUUUAGGUUGUGUCAACCCAAUUUUGGGUGAUUGGAAU